AUGUCUCAGCCUCUGGAUUACCCUGUCCACAGGGAGGCGCACGAGCAGUUAGAGAGGCUGUCUCUCGUGCUUCCUCGGAGGCUCCUUGGCGCUAGAUUCUCCACGAAAGCGCUCAGCGACGAUGGCGAACUCUCACCGCAGCAUCAAAGCGCCUCGCACAUCUCAAUCGGAAAUCUUAUCAGGUCACUUGGCGGGAGGCCGUCAGAAAAGGACAUUCUAUCCGCGUUUGUCCAGCAACUGAAGCCCGCUGGGACCUACCAUCCGUCAACUGCUGACGGAAUCCGUCAGCCUCUGACGCUGCUGCUGACGUCCCGCGCUCUGUACCUCCUCGAGGUGAUCAGCGAGGAUAGGAGCGGCUCGGAAGAAAACGACGAGAUUGGCACAAGAUCCGACGAUUAUAUUGCGUCUCCUACUGCCGCUACAGCAGCAGCAGCUGCUGCUGCCGCAGCCCUGACUACGGUCUCAGUGGAUUCGAAUCCCAGGACUUUCGAAGAGGUCGAGAAUUUCGAGGAGGUUACUAACGCGGAUGGAAAGCUGAGCCGGGGAUCGCAGAAAGGCGGCAGUACAAAUGGCUCUUCAGGGGAUGUGACAAACGACGAGGGAGGAAUGCAAGCCGUCAUCAGUAACGGACCGACUUCGAGCAGCCAUGGAGCAAGGGCCAGCAGAGGGAAGCUGAGGCAGUGCAUCCCAGUGCUGUCAGUGGUUAAGCUGCUGCUGUCGUCGACCAAUGACAUGCUCUCCAUUGGCAUGGUCAACGAAAAGGACGUGGUUUUGUGCACGCCGCUCGCGCCCACCAUAUGUCAGAUGGUGAUGUCAGCGUUUGCGGUGGAAGCAGCCAUGGCUGUUGAACGCGCCCUGGCUCUCAACUCGGAUCGCCCGCAGCUGCCAGCAUCAACCAGCAUCCACGUGGGCGUGGUGGAUCAAGAGGAGCUGCUGGCUUCGGUCCGAACCAAGAUCAAGUCUAUCCGGCCCUUCUGGGCCGCAGCAUCGGCGCGUGUCUUCCCUUUCUCCGCGCCCACCUCCCUCCGUGGGGAAACCGUGGUGGGGGGCGAAGCAGGGGAGGAGGCAGGGACAUUCCAAGGCUCAGCCGGUGGGGUUGACGCUCCAACUUUGAUGAAUGACGUGUCAAUGCAGGAUGCUGACAUCGUCGCCACCAGCAUCAACGCUGACGUGGCACCUCCUGUGGAGAUCACUGAUUUCAUCCCGCUGAAGGUUCUCGGAAAGGGCAGCUUCGCCAAGGUGCUGCUGGUGCGCCAUGCCCCCAGCGGGCAGGUGUUUGCAAUGAAGGUGCUGGACAAGGCGGCAGUGAUGCGGCGGCAGCAGCUGCAGCACACUCUCACUGAGCGACACGUGCUGCAGGAGGUGCGGCACCCGUUCCUCGUCCCUCUACGAUGGGCUCUCCAAUCCGAAACUCGCCUGUUUCUCAUCCUCGACUUCAUGCCGGGCGGGGAGCUCUUCUUUCACCUCAAGCGCGAGCGGCGAUUCAAGGACGACCGCGCGCGCCUAUACGCUGCGGAGCUGCUGCUGGCGCUCGGGCACCUGCACUCGCUGGGCGUCAUUUAUCGCGACCUGAAGCCGGAGAACAUUCUCCUAGACGCUCAAGGUCACGUGCGCAUCGCGGACUUCGGAUUGGCCAAAGAGCACAUCGCCGACAACUCAUCGGCCUCCACAUUUUGCGGCACACCCGAGUAUCUAGCUCCGGAGGUACUGGGAGGCAAGGGGCAUGGUAGGGCUGUGGAUUGGUGGAGCCUUGGGAUUCUCCUCUUUGAAAUGGUGGUCGGUGUGCCGCCCUUCUACGACCGCAAUGUGAGCAUCAUGUACAACAAGAUAGUGAACGCGCCUCUCGUCUUCCCCGUCACCGUCACCAAUUUUUAUCUCCGCGAUCUCAUUUCCAAGCUGCUGAUUCGGGAGCCGAGCCAGAGGCUCGGAGCGGGCCCAACUGACGCUGCGGAGAUCAUGAGGCACGAGUUCUUUCGAGGCAUGGACUGGGACAGGCUGUAUGCCAGGGAGGUGCCUCCCCCGUUUGUACCCAGCAGCAAGGGCAUGGAGGACGUGUCAAACUUUGAUAAGAGCUUCACCGGCCUCCACAUCAGCGAUCCCCUGGAGCCACCCUCCGCUGCUGCAGCGCCCACUGACAACCACCACGGUAACUGUGCAACGAAGCCCACCAACUACACCGCAAAGGCCGGCCAGACCUCCACCAAUGAUAAAGCUCCAGGUGGCACUGACAAGGGGCAUGCUGGGAAGACUGGAAACACAAAGGGUGGGGGAAAGGCUGGGGGAGGUGCGAAACCAAACCUGACAAUUGAUACGCAUGCAGCCUCGGGAAUGGAUCCGCUAGACAACUCCCUAUUUGAAGGGUUUGUGUUCAGCCCAACUAAGAAGCACAGUGCGACCGGUCCUGCGCUGUAG